AUGGUCCAGGUCAACAGCAGCUUUAUCGUCAACCACACGUGUCUCAGAACCAAAGACCCCAAAUCUGUCGAGUUUUGGACGGGCAAAUUGGGGAUGACUUUGAUCGACACCAAGAAAUCCGGCGACUCAACGUCGUUUUUCUUAAACUAUCCCCAACCGCAAGAUAAGGGCAAAAGCGUGAAUGAAAGAGAGGGGGUUUUGGAGUUGGUCUAUAGUGGUGGUGCUAAUGGUGGGAGGGAGAUUGAAAUCAACAACGGGAAUGGCGAAUCCGAUCGCGGGUUCGGCCAUGUUUGUGUUUCGGUGGACAACAUCGAAGUUGCCGAGAAGCAAUUCUUGUUGGCGGGGGUUAGAUUCAAGAAGAAGUUGAGCGAAGGCAGACAACACGAUAUCGCGUUUUUGUUGUCCGACUUCGACGACUACUGGAUUGAGUUGAUUGAGAAUGAAAUUGACAAGCGGGAAGGCGAGACUCAUGUUGCCUCGUACCGGUUCAACCAUACCAUGAUUAGAGUUGUCGAUGUGGAAAAAUCCUUGCAAUUCUACCGCGGGUUAGGGUUGAAGUUGUUGAAUAAAUUGGAUUUUGAAGGUGCCAAGUUCUCGUUAUACUUCUUGGGCUAUAACAAUGACCCCAGUUUCAAAGAAGAAUCCAUGACGUAUCAAGAGCAAAAGAAGUUGCAGUCGCUUAUUGAGUUGACCUACAAUUGGGAAAGUGCUCCUGGUUUCAAAGGCUACAAUUUGGGAUCCCAGGGCUUUCAAAACAUCGCCAUUAGUGGCAACACCGUUGGCGGGUUGGAGACCUUGCAAGAUCCAGAUAGCUAUAAAGUCGAAUUGAGAGCUAUAUAG